AUGGAGAAAGACCAUUCGAUCAAGUCGGUCGAGUCGAAAGGAGCGUCAGUUUCGCACUCUAGCGGAGGAAAGAUACCAUAUCCCAAGCAUGUCUGGUCACCAGCAGGAGGAUGGUAUGCACAGCCAGCCAAUUGGAAAGCAAACACAGCGGUAAUGGGGGUGGUCGUCAUCGGGAUUACGGCAAUUGCAUGGAACAUCAGUGCGGAGAGGGAGGUCAGGCCAAGAAUGCCGGAGAAGGGGAGAUUUUUCCCAAGUCGAUAUUGGAGCAGGCAAAUAAUAGAGCACGAACGGGCAGAAGCUGCCAAGGAAGCAGCGGCGAAAGGGCAGCAAUAA